AUGAGCAACUACCCAGUCCCUCCGCCAUCCUAUGGCUCGACAACUCCUACCAAGCCUCAUGCCCAAGAGAGUGCGGAACCCUUACUCGGCGGACAGAGAUAUAACGAGUCCGGACCUAGCUCUGGAGGAGCAUUCUACGAUCAACCUGCGGCUGGGGACCUUCCUGACGACUUCAAGUAUGGUGUCUCUGUCACUGAGAGUUCUCCUGAGAUCAGGAACGCUUUCGUGAGGAAGGUAUACUCUAUCCUCUUCUGCCAAAUUCUCGCUACUACGAUCGUCAGCGGUGUUCUCUCCCGAUCCGAUGACGCUGUUACUUGGGUUCAGACGCACUCUUGGUCCUUCUACGUUCCUCUCUUCGGCACUCUGGUCGUCCUUGGCCUCCUUUACUGGAAGCGCCACAGCCACCCUCUCAACAUCGGCCUCCUAUCCGUUUUCACCCUCCUGGAGGCAUUCACCCUUGGAAUCGUCACCGCCUUCUAUCCCGACACCGUCGUUCUCCAGGCCCUACUCAUCACUACCGGCGUCUUCUUGGGCCUCACCCUCUUCACGCUUCAGUCCAAGUAUGACUUCUCUGGCAUGGGCCCAUGGCUAUUCGGUGGUCUCAUCGCUCUAGUUAUGACGGGCUUUGUCGGAGUCUUCCUGCCGUUUAACAGUACGAUGGACCUUAUCUUCGCCAUCGGCGGAACUUUACUGUUCAGUGGCUACGUUGUCUACGACACCUACAUCAUCAACAGCAAGCUCUCACCUGACGAGUACAUCAUGGGUGCUAUCAGCCUUUACCUCGACUUUAUCAACCUCUUCCUUAAUAUUCUCCGUCUUCUCAAUAAUGUCCAGGAGCGGUAG